ACUUCCAGCCAACAACAACGACCCAACAGAACCCUAUUGAUUCGAGCAAGUCAUUCUCGUGUGGCCCUAUCCCCGUGUCUAUCAACCCCCUCCAAGAUCCAUUCUUCGAUCUCUAAUUCGACCGCGUUAGGGGGGAGUGAAAAAGUCCUCAAAAUGCUUCAUUGUCGACCAAUACUCGUGAUUGAAACCCAGUCAAAUCAGGUCAAAGAGAUCAGCUCAACAAAGCCUGAGAAGAAAGCUUACAGCUUAUCCCCCUCUUGGUGUUCACCCAACAUCCAUAGUGCAGCUCACAAGUACAAUGUCUCCAGAAGUCAAAAUCAACAACCCAAUAACGAUGUUCUGUCGGUAUUCCUUAACAACAACGGAGGCUACUUGGACGACAGCGAUGAUGAAGACGACGAAGACGAAGACGAUGAUGAGGAGGAGGAGGAUGAGCCUAGAUUCAAUUCAAUCAGAGCCACAGUCGGCUUCCUCAGAAGAAUCCCAUCCUCAUUCCAAUCGUCCAUCCAACGUUCAAUUUCCAACUCGCCUUCUCUCUCUUCCGCGAGCUCCAUCCAUACCGAUAGCUCAGAUUCUUUCAUCGACUUUAACGACGCUCGGCUCAACUAUUGGGAACGUGUCCAGAAACCUGUCGUCGUCCAGUCAACUCCAUUUCGAACUGGAUUCUCUCCAUUCACGUUUUUCAAAAAAUAA